GGGGCUUCCACCCUCCCAGUGUCACAUAACAGUGCAGGCAGCACCCGAGCAGAACAAAACGUCGCUGUGUCUGUGUGUCACCGCAGCAGCUAACCAGAAAAUGAAGUCGUACUAAACAGGACAAUGUAAGCUAUUAGUGUUAGUAUAAAUGAUCGCAUGUGAAGGAGACGCCGUUGUCUGCACUUUGGUCCAAGAUGAGCAACAAAAGAGAGAGGGAGCAGAGGAGGAAACUGCAGCACUUUCUAAGUGACCUGGCUUUGCUUGGAUCAUUACAGGGUUUUAAAUACUUCCAGCCUUGGCUUAGAGGGAAAGAGGAGUUGCUGCUGACGGUUGUUAAUGAGGAUCUGGGUUGGCGUUCCCCAGGUUUUGUGGUCUCCAGAGCCUCCUCCUACACCUCCACCAGCAGCUGUAACAGCAGUGAUGUCUCCCCCAGCAGCAGCUUCCCCAGCUUGGACAGCCGGAGCAGCUCUCCCCUGCCUGGGGAGCCUCCAGGCCCACGAGACCCUCAGUCACAGCACACACACACCAAGACGCAGCCACAGAUCGCCAGGGGCCCCAGCAGUGAGGAGCACCUUCUCCCAGCCUCUCCCAGUGAACGGGAGAUAGCAGUGCCUGAGGUGAAUUGCACUCUGUUUUUACUGGCCGGCUACGUCAAAUACGGACGCCCUUAUGCCUGGAUACGCUCCAAUCAUGAGCGCCUGGUCAACAUCGGAGGCGCCGAUUCAAUGGUCAAGGACACGCCGAUGAAACUCAAGUCCAUCGCAGACUGGCAGACACGAGGUAUUCGUGUGUGGGACGUCGUCAGUGAGCUGGUGUGCCUGUGCACCGUUCCCUCUCCCUCCAACCCCUUCGCCCUGGACAUGCGUUACAUCAAAAGUCUUCCCCUCCCUGACCGCUUCCUCGUCACAGGCGCUCUCCUCAACUUCCUGGAGAUGUAUGUGGUUUACGGGAACCGGGAUGAGUUGCACUAUGACAAAGUGGUGGAGGAGGUGAAGCCUCUGAGGCGUCUUCAUGUCCAGUCCCUGCUGGAGGUGCAGCGACACAGAGAGAGCUCCGGGCUGGCCAGCAGUCCCACGGUGCAAGACUCUUCUAGGGAGGAGUGAUUUUGAUCUCAUGUGAUCCAUCUCAAGAUGAGAUAUCCUCUGUGCAUGUUUACUGACUUCUUUUAAUGAUUUUGUGCAUUGUGGUGUGUUUAACGGUUUUGUAAGAUCACCUUUGCAAAGAGACCUAAUGAGUACACCUGUGUGUAAAACCUCA